GAAAUUGCUUUUUUCCGAUUUGUUAGUUCUAUAAGUUCUAGUUGAAGUACAUUUUUCUUAAAAAAAAAAUAAAAAUCUGAUUGUUUUCUUUGAAUAAGAAACAAUUAACCAAUACUAUACUAUAAACAAUAAAUAAAAAGAAUACAAAAUGGGUGAAAUAUCAAACGAAGAACUGAGAACUAAAAUCAUUGACAUUUUAAAACAUUCUGGUAGCGAUCUUUAUGCUGUCACACCAAAAGGUAUACGAACGCAAUUGGAAAAAGACCUUGGAUUUUCGCUUUUAACUCAAAAGACAGCAAUCAAAGAGAUUGCCACCGAAGAGAUACAAAAACUAAGCAAGGAAGAAGAAGAUGAUGAAGAAUCAGAUGCUAAAGCAUCUGAAUCUUCGUCCGAAGAGGAAGUUGAGAAACCAAAACGAACACGUGCUUGUGCACCGGCUCGCAAAGCGCCUGUGAAAAGAAAGAGGAAAGCUGCCAAUGGCAAUAAUUCAGAUUCCGAUAAUGAUGGCGAUGAGGAUUACAAAUCAAAGAAAUCAGCCAAAAAGUCAAAUGGUCCCAGGAAAGGAACUGGUUUCACUCGUCCCUACACUUUGUCACCGCAGUUGUCAGCUCUAAUGGGCGCAGAGUCACUGCCACGCCAUGAAGUUGUCAAAAAGGUAUGGGCCAUCAUCAAGGAACGUAAUCUCUACGAUCCGAAGAACAAACAGUAUGCGAUCUGUGAUGCCGAGCUUUUGGAGGUCAUGAAAAUCAAACGUUUUCGUACCUUUGGAAUGCUCAAAUACUUGAAGCCCCAUUUCUUAGAUUAAAAGCCAUAAUCUAAAUGCUGGUGCUUAGAAUUUAGAAUCUAAUAGAACUCUAAAAAAAAAAACAA